AACAAGCAGCCUCAACCUUGCCCUCACGACCACAUCAACAGACACUGACUCACCAGAAAGCGACUCAUACCAUCACCAUCAGUCACCGCCAGUCAUCCAAAAUGGGCAGGGACACCAAGAUCGUUGAAGAAUUGCUCACAAAGCCUUUCAGCCAAGAUUCGGAUCUCGACCAUGUCCCGUUCCGGGAUAUGGAAGCCUACGUCCACAGGUCCGUCGAGAUAAGGCACAAGGAGUUGGGCCUUGGGAAGCCGAAGAGGCCUUGCAACCACUUCGUCCUUUACCUCACCGCCAAUCAUGCCCGCGCCAAGGCAUGGAGGGACGCCCACCGUACCGAACUCCCAGAGGUAUCUCAUCCCAUGCAUAUGAUAUCAACCAUCCUCUCGCGGAGCUGGUCUCUCGAGCCCCCCUCGGUCAAAUCAAAGUACCAAGCUCUUGCUGUUAUAGAUAAGCAGAUGAACGCCAAGGCCUUUCCUAACUACAAGUACAAACCUAGACGCAAGCAGGACAAGUCCCGCACCCUUCCCUCCACUACUGAUGCCAAGCAGGCCGAGACUAAGGCGGCCAUUAUGCCCCAGCCUCUCCCCUCUCUCUACCCAGCUUCUCACGAUCCCUUCUCCUCGUCGAGUACUUACCAGAAAGAUCUGUCACCCCAUAUCUUCCAACGCCUAGCCUCACUUAGCAGUCGUGCUAAAGAGCUAGAGAGCUUCCUGACUCUCUGCCAGAAAUCUGAAGUCAUGCGGGCCGCCUACUGGCCCACUGACAAAGGUCUGGACUAUGAACUGGCCUGUCUCGAAUACAAUAGCUUCGUCGCCUCCACUUACGAGCAGCUCAGAAACCACGUUCGCAACAUCCAACUGCUCGAGCCCUACGUGCCCAAGAUUUUCAACCUCCAAUGGUCAUAUGACGAAACAAUUGGUAUGUACAAGGUUUCCCUGCCUACAUAUACUUGGCCCUCUCUGGAGCUUACCAUGCCGGCAAAUUUUAGUAUCCCUAUGCCUAUUCCCAUGGAGAUCGAUCAACAAGUGCCCUUGGAUGGCCUUGAGAUCGGCUUUUCUGCUGACAUUGGUGUAGUCCCAUCCAUGAAUACCAAUCACCCACGGGUUAGCUUGGAGGACAGCCUUGCUAACUUUGCCGAUAUAUCUGACUCAGAUAUCGAAAGGGCUCUCCAGGAGUUUGAGGUUGCUGGUGCGAACACCAAUGCCAGCGAGCCUGUUGUCAACGAACCCACUGUCAACGAACCUGCUCAGGUGGAGCAAGUGCCCCUACCUGACUUUACUGGUACCGAGGGUCUUACCGAUGCAGAUCUAUUCUUGGAUCAACAGCUCUCAAAGGCCGUCGAUGAAAACAUGAACCUGAGUUUCCAGGACAUUAUCAGCAUGGACAUGAUCAUGGAGGAGAGCGAGAUGCCUCUGUGAAGAAUACUUGAACGUGUCUAGCAAACACUUUCAGCCCAUCUCUAAGACGAAGCUCAAAACCGAAUCUUUUGGUCCUCUUGCAUCUAGCGCAGUGUUGUUGCCUGCUAUUCAUGUAACGAUACUUGACACACCGUUGGCA